CAUAUUUAUUGCAGCCAGUGGAAAAAAAAAAUCUCAAUAUCCCCCAAGAUGGCCGCCGAUGUAGGAUCGAUGUUUCAAUAUUGGAAGAAAUUUGAUCUACGGCGGCUUCAGAGGGAGCUAAACUCUGUAGCAUCUGAACUGGCAGGUCGACAAGAGGAGAGUGAACACUCUCAUAAGCAUCUGCUAGAACUGAGCAGGGAAUUCAGGAGAAAUGUACCUGAGGAAGUCCGGGAGAUGGUGGCACCAGUUCUCAAGAGCUUCCAAGCCCAGGUGGUCGCUCUGAACAAGCGGAGUAAAGAGGCUGAGUCUGCAUUCCUUGGAAUCUACAAACAGCUUAUUGAGGCCCCAGAUCCAGCUCCUUUACUGCAGGCCUCUCAGGCCCUGGAGCAGAGGCUGCAGCAGCUUCAGACUUCAGCCCCCGACACUGGGACCCUGGUACGGGAGAUCAGUGGGCACUGGAAGAAACACCUGGAGUGCCUUGAAAGGACAGAACCCGCAGACAACGGUUUUGCAGACGCAGCGGAGACUGGAGCCCCCUUUGGGUCAACCUCCCCACCCCACAAUAUGACCCCCAAUAGCACGCCAGCUCCAGGAGCACCAGGCUCACCACAGGAGCUCUACCAGGACCAACAUGAGGGACAAGGGGAGGAGGAGAAUGCCGGCGUUAGUUUGGCUGACAAACUGUCAGAGGCAGAGGAAAAAAUAAAGGUUCUGCAUUCAUCUUUGGAUACUUCCCAGACUGAGCUGCUCGACCUGCGGUGUAAAUAUAGCCAAGAGAUGACAAACAAGUUAGAAGAAAUCAACAUCAUCAUGGCCAAACUUGAGGAAGCAAAUCAGAGAGCAGAAAUGGCCCAGGAAGAAGUCCAGAGGCUAAAGGAGGAGCUAGUCAGUGGGGCAAGUGCCUCUGAAGGGAGCUGUCAACUAGUGGAGGGUACUAGUAAGGAGAACAAAGAGAAGGGUGAGGUAUUGCCCUCCAAACUGGAGGCUACUCUGCUCGCGAAAGACCGUGAAAUCAUCCGUCUUCUUGAAAAUAUUCAGCAGCUUCAGUGCACUCUACAGGAGGUUCAAGAAACCUCAGCCAAUCAGAUCAUAGAGCUAGAACAACAGUUGGCCUACAAGACAGAAGCUAUUGAGAGAUUAGAAGGUAAACUGAAAUCCCAAAUGGAUUACGAAGAGAUUAAAACUGAACUCAGUAUCUUGAAGGUAAUGAAGCUGGCCUCUGCAAAUGGCAACUCAUCCCAGGAUUCAGCGAAGGCCACAGAUAUGCUACUCCUGGAUAAAGAGGUUUUCCUUCCAUCUCAAAAAUACUUGAUGGAAAAGGCCAGAAUAUUGCACAGCACUGAUGAUGAUCACUCAGAGGAUGGAGGCCGAGAGACAGGCAGGCCACCUGGCUCCAACUCAUCGUCCUCUCAAGUAGAUGGUGGUCACGCCACCCCCAGUCCAGGUCUUCCCACCCUGAAUGGCUCAUCCACCAACCACGAUCCCACCCGUCCCUUCUCUGUGUCGCCAUGUUCUGUUGACAGACUAUCAGGGGACCACCUCCUUCACAAACAUCUUCUCUCACCACACUUUAAAAAGGAGGGUCAUAUGGCUUUUCCUACUGCACUCUACGCAGCCAGGGUCACUCUCAUGUCAGCCACUCAAGGGUCAGGCAGUAGUGACAUAGGCUUGCCCAGUGACCAAUCAGAAAGCGGUGGCUCGACAGCAGGGGAUGACGAUCAAGUGGACACGGCAGAGAUCGCGUUCCAGGUGAAGGAGCAGCUGCUGAAACAUAACAUUGGCCAGCGUGUGUUUGGCCACUAUGUGCUUGGCCUCUCCCAAGGCUCAGUCAGUGAGAUUCUAGCCAGGCCCAAACCCUGGAGGAAGUUGACUGUGAAAGGCAAAGAGCCCUUCCUUAAAAUGAAGCAGUUCCUCUCUGAUGAACAGAACAUCCUGGCACUUAGGACUAUCCAGGUCCGUCAAAGAGGGAGCAUCACUCCACGCAUCCGAACUCCAGAAACUGGGUCAGACGACGCCAUUAGGAAUAUCCUGGAGCAGGCCAAGAAGGAGAUCCAGUCCCAGAGGGGAGGGGAUUGCAAGCCACCUGUAAACUCCACCAUUGGCAGAAGCAGUAACGGGACAGGCAACAGCUCAGACGAAACUAUUAAGAACAUCCUACAACAGGCCAGGAGGGAAAUGGAGUCCCAGCAACAGGUCCUGAUGGAUAUGGAAGGCUGUGGAAGACCCUCAACAGUUGCCACGGGAGCCCAAGUAGAACAUCUGGGGCCUCAUGAGCGCUCCAGCAGCCUGCCUUUCCCUAUCUCCAUUAAACAAGAGGAGGGGGGUUGUGAUACAGUUUGCAUGGCCAAUUCUAUCAGCAGUCCCCAAACACCGCUUAGCGUUCUUUCUCCAGCUGCCUUCGUUCAGAACAUCAUUCGCAAAGUAAAAUCAGAGAUUGGAGAGGUUGGUACUUACUUCGACCACCACUGGUCUCAGGAGCGGGGGUCGAUGAUACUUAGCGGCGUGGGUAGCUCCCAGCCCUAUAAUUCCAUUUCUCCCUCCGUGUCUUCCUCCUCCUCCGGUCCCUCUGUAUUGACCCGGCCCUGGCCCCGCCUGGAGAACGGUGAGUGUCUCAGCGAAGAGGCCUCUGCCGCUGAAGAAGAGCUGGGGCUGGGCCGGCCAAUGGAGGUGAAAGUGGAGUCUGACGCCUCAGUCAGUGGGGAGUCUCCGGGCCCUAGUCCCAGCCGCCUUUCUUACUACCCAGCGUACAUUCCCCGAGCUCUUAAGCCCACUGUUCCACCGCUGACACCAGAACAGUACGAGUUGUACAUGUAUCGAGAGGUGGAUACCAUUGAGUUGACCAGGCAGGUGAAGGAGAAGCUGGCAAAGAAUGGCAUCUGCCAGAGGAUCUUUGGGGAAAAGGUUCUUGGGCUCUCUCAGGGGAGUGUGAGUGACAUGCUGUCCCGGCCGAAACCCUGGAGCAAGUUGACCCAGAAAGGCAGGGAACCCUUCAUCCGCAUGCAGCUCUGGUUACUUGACCAACUAGGCCAGACCCUCAACCAGGCCCCACAUCAGGGUCAGGAUAAAAGUCCAGUCAACACGCAGUCAUCACCAUCCCCACCGCUGAGUCCUGUAGAGGGUCAGCAGAGCCCCUUGGUUGAACCAAUGGGCCACUCCCUGGAGAGCAGCAAAGAGAAUCAGCAGCCCGAGUGCCUGGUGCUGGGGCUCCCUCCCCAGCCUGAGGGAGGGAAGUCCACCAACAGCCUCAUGGCCCUACAUCACCCUGCUAACCCGCUUGGCAUACAGGAGCUGGUAGCCAUGUCCUCAGAGGUGGACACCUAUGCCAUCACGAAAAAAGUCAAAGAGGUGUUAACAGACAAUAACUUAGGCCAGCGUCUUUUUGGGGAGACAAUUCUGGGUCUGACUCAAGGCUCUGUAUCUGACCUGCUGUCCCGGCCCAAACCCUGGCACAAACUUAGUCUCAAAGGCAGGGAGCCGUUUGUGCGCAUGCAAUUGUGGCUCAAUGAUCCUCACAAUGUGGAAAAGUUGAGGGCUAUGAAGAAGAUGGAAAAGAAAGCUUACCUGAAGAGACGUUAUGGGCUACUAAGCACAGGCUCCGACAGUGACUCGCCCAGUACUCGCUCUGAGUGUGUGAGUCCAGCCUUAGUCUCGCUGGACUUGUGCUCCUAUGGGCAGGUGAAAAAGCCUCGAGUGGUGCUAGGAGCAGAGGAGAAAGAAGCACUGAGGAAGGUCUACCUCUUGGAGCCAUACCCUUCUCAGAAUACAAUUGAGAUGCUUGCUGCCCAGCUCCAUCUUAAAACCAACACUGUUAUCAACUGGUUCCACAACUACAGGUCAAGGAUGAGACGUGAAGUGCUGAUGGAGGGUCUGCCAGACAACGACACAGAUGCUGAGCACCACAGCUACUCGCCUUCAUUGACAAGGAGCCCCCACUCUGACGGCGAGGAGAGGAGACCGCAGCAGCCCUUGCGACACAACCACUCCAGCCUUCCUCUCAGUAACGCUGCACUGCCUUGUGUCAAACAGGAGGCAGUGGAUAGAGAGAACGUGGGGGAGGUGGGGACAGAGGGCCCCAUGAGACAGACAAGAGGUCAGUGUUUUUCCACCGCUGUGCAGUUCCCACAAUUUAAAAGUGAGCACGAGGACCCGACUGUCGGCUAUCGUGAUCCCGUCUUGGUUGGCCAGAGCGUCGGGCAUGAGGAGGGCGCAAGCAGUCAGCCCGCUUUGUGCACGAGCACCACCUCUAUAGAUGCCCCCCAGAGAGUGAAUCAGUCCAGGCAUGAGGGAGAAGAGCGUGGAAAGUCACCCACUGACCCGGUCAGCUUCAAAGCCUCAUCAGAAGCCUGCCGCAGCAGCUUGGAGGUCUCCCUCAACUCUCCCUCUGCUGCAUCUUCACCUGGUCUCAUGAUGUCAGUCUCUCCUGUCCCCUCAUCCUCUGCUCCAAUAUCCCCCUCACUGCCGAACCCACCCUCAACAAGCACCAAUCACAGCCUGGACCCAAAUGCGCCCUCUCCCUUCCAAACCCCCAAGCUCAACAGAAGCACUCAGAGACGCAAUGAGAAAAUGGCAAACCUCAAUAAUAUCAUCCACAGGUUAGAGAGAGCGGCCAAUCGAGAGGAAACAUUGGAAUGGGAGUUUUAGCUUUCUGUUUACUUGUUUCGUACUGUUGAACUUUCUAGCGUGCAGCAGCAUAGCAAAUAAGAGCUUCCUGAUGACUUGGAAUGGAGCUUGGCACCUGAGAGGCCUGCUCCCUCAAAGUGACAACUUGUUGAAACUGGGAUCACAGAACAAACAUAAUGCUAAAUCCCCCAAAAGAACUUAAAGCUGGGGAUACAAAAUUUGUAAAUCGUUAUUUGUUUCCUUCUUUUUUAAUGAGUACAGUACUACUUUGAGCUAUGAAUGACAGCAAGCUGUCCUUUUACCUACUGGACUUGACAUGGAGACUUUUGCAGCUAUGGUGUCGUAAAGUUGUACACUGAAAUCAUAUAGAUUGCCACUAGGUGAGAUUAAAAAGACCCUUGUCUUAAAGCCAUUAAAAGCACUAGAACUAUUUGAAAAGAGACAUUGACCAAAUUUGCUACUUUUUGAUUAGCAAUUUUUCAGAUUUUGUCUUUAAGACUGGACUGAUGAAUCAAGCAACCUAAUCCUUUCCCUGACUGCGAGAUAGUCCCUCAAGACUCUAAAUAUUCAACAUCUUGUAAUAAAUUCCUUGGUGAUGUUUUAAACUAUUUGUAACUCAUGUAUAAAAUGUGCUUGUACAUGUUGUAGAAUUGUCUGCAAUAGCCUUCUUGAAACCUGAUGUAGCAUGGUACUCACUUGACCCCGUUAUCCUCUGUAGUUAGUCUCCUGUGCUUAUACUUGAGUGAAAACGAGAGUAAAAAAAAAAAAAUGUUAAAAACCUCACAAAAAGCAAAUGACAAAUAUAAUGGAUGGAAUACUUUUAACAAUUUUGUUUUCCCUCUUUCUUCAAACAAUUGAUGAGAUUUACUGUCGAGGACCAUCGUUUUUAUUGUAGCCACUACAGUGUACACUACACACAAGCACAGCUUACACAAUUUCUUCUUUCACACUUACCUCUCCGUCCCUCCUUUUUUUCUCAGACUGAGAGUGACCAAGACACACUGGACAUGGUUGACCUCAGAUUAUCUACAUGCACACCUUGAUAGUCAAGACCGUGUUCUUAAUUGUUGUACAACGUGGGUUAGAAAUGUUCCAGAGCUGGUGUCACAAAAAAGAUCACAGUAUUUCAAACCCAAACUACAGACUACGAGUUUUCCCCUUCCUUGUGACCCAUCUGAUUAACAAGCGCAUCUGGAUUGGUGUCGUUCAGUGCGUGUGAAGAAGUGAUAGUACCACUUUUCCUUACAAAGUGUUUUUGACUUCAUGGGGCAGACUUCAAAUGGGGAAACCCUGUAGUUUGGAUUUGAAAUACAUCUUCUGUGACACCAGUCCUGGAACUUUUCAGACACGCCUUGUAAAUAAACAUGACCUGUGCUUGUAUGAAUAAAUGGAAGGGAACAACUCAUUUGACAUUUGUUCAUACGAUAUGCAAAUGAGUUUCAAGUUGUUUAGUUUUUUUCUAAAGGGAGCUAAUUUGCUUGUAGGUGAUCCUCCUCACAGCUAACACAUGACUGAGUGCACUUUCUCAAAACGGAUCUUGUACUGUAGCUAGAACAAUAUUGUAUACUUGAUGAAACACCUCAACCUCUAAACAUUGACAUUGUGAUUAACGCAUGUUAUGAGACUGCAGAGAGCAUGAUCAUUUCAGUAUGACCUCAUCAACAUGGGAAAAAAAAGAGCAUUUUAUUCUGGGAUGCACACUGUCACCAUUAUUCCCCUGUAUCUUAUAUUUGACCACUUGGGCUUUGUCACUUUUUUUGUCAUGCUUGCAAACUGUCCUUUUAUAAAUUUUGAUUCUACUUUAUACUCUGAACCAUAAUUAUAUUCAUGACCUUGUGUAUAAACUACUUACAGCACUUAGAUUUUGAUAAUUGUGAGGACUUGAGAAAAUGUCAAACAUGAACAUUAUAUCCUUAGUGUCCACAAGUCUUUGCCUCGACUGUAUCGUUAAAGUUCGUAGUAAUCACUGGCACAUCUUCAUUCGUUUGAAGACAUAUAUUAUGUAGAGAACUAUAUUACACAAUUACUUCAAAUAACAUUCAAAAUUCUUGGAACAAAGUGUGCUGAUUCUAAUGAAAUAGUGUACAGAUUAAAUCAACCAAACCCAUCCAUGCCAGUGCUGGUUUAACAAGCUUGCCCAUUUUUAAGACGUUCUCUCAGGGUAGUCUUUCCUCAAACAGUUGUUCUUGUUCUCCUCUCUGGCAGUAAUUACAACAAACGUGUGUUUGUGAAUAUCUCAGAUAUAAUCUGACCUGUUGAAGUUGUAAGAAUAUGGGAAUGGCAACUUUCUCAGGAAGCAGUUCUGUUCAUCAGUGUCCAACAUCAUAAAUUUAAGAUACCAGUGUGAAGCAAGUGGGUUGACGCUGCCUUCUAUAUUUCCUUUGAGCCACUGAAAGUUUUUUUCUUUCUGCUCUUCAUGCCACCGUUUUGUGCAUAAAAUAAUGUAUAAAUAAUUACAAGUAACUGUCUGAGGAAUUUUCGUGGUGACUGAUGGAUUAGUGGCAGAAAAAGAAAUGUAUUUAACAAGGCUGUUAUUCUCAUGGAAAUCUCAUUGUUUUGCAUGCAAAUAAUUCAUUUAGAGCACAUGACAAGGGGUAGACUUGUGUUUUUGUGUUGUUCUUGCGCAGCAAGUUUUUUUUUUUUUUUUUUUUACUAUCGUGAAGUCCAUGCAUGGUGCAGCUGAUACAUUUGGCUCACAAUAUAAUCACAAAUCCACUCAAACAAGCCAUUACCAACCUACUUAACAUUGCUGUCAUAUAAAUAUUGAAAUAAUUUUUGCGACAUAUCAUAUGCUCCAUGCAUUAUCCUCAAAGGAGUCAUGCGUGUGAUUAAAGAGUUUCUUGGCUUCUAACCAUGUUAUUUACAAAAGCGAAGCUUUUUGUGAAACAAAUAUUACUCAUGAUUUUUUUCAAUUAUUGUUAUUAUCACUGUCACAAAAAGGGAGAUAAUUGGUCCUAAAAGAUGUAAUGAUUUUACUCAGCUGUGAUUAUAGAGAUGGUAAUGGCAAGUCACUGGUUUGUUGCAAAAUCCCUUGAAAGUCAUAAGUCAAGAAGAAUCACGCCAUGCUAUUUAUUGUUAAAGA